AUGAGUCCUCCAACAUUCUCAUCACUCGCCCUCUUUCCAAUCUUCAUAAUUUUUCUCCUUGGCUCCUUUAAUAAUCAUUGUGUAAAUGGUGAUUUAAUCGUUGAUGUAUGUAAGAGUGCAUCAAAAAGUGAUCCAGGGCUCAAGUAUGAUUUUUGUGUUGCAUCUCUUGUAGGGAACCCUGCAAGUAAAGAUGCUGAUCUUUUGGGGCUUGGAGAAAUAUCGCUUCAAAAAUAUCUACAAAAUGCAACAUCUAUUCUAUCGAAUAUUUAUAAAAUCUUGGAAGGCCGAAAACAAGGACCAGAUCCAAAGUCAUACGCACGCCCUCUAGAGUCUUGUUUUUUGGAGUACGGGGUUAUUAUAAAUUUUGUUAAAGUUGCUACCGAAGGUUUUGAAGCUAAAGAUUAUGGUAAAGCUAAUAAUCUCAUGAGGGUUCUGGAACUGGUUGUGAAAAAACUUUCAAGAAAAGUGGUGUGCGCUCAACAAUGA